UUAACUUUAUACGCGAGACGGUGAACUCGUGUUAAUGUAAUGGAAUUAUGAGAAGUUUUCAUGAAACAUUUAUAGAGUUCAUGUUGUGUAUGAGUCCAACAAUGUUCUCACCGCGGCCAUAACUGUGUGUGACAGUGAAUGUGUAUAUUUUGUUGAUUUAUUUUGUCGUGGUUAAAGAAAACGAUUUUCUAGAAACAUUCGGGAAAACAGUGGCUUAAGUAUUCACUUCAGCAAUAAAAUAGUCGUUGUGUUUUAUGUGUUUUUAGCUAACCAUAUUCGGAUAAAUUGGAUUAACCGCAACAUAGAUCGAUACCGCUACAAUAUAGUACCUAUAUGUUGUCAUAUAUACAAUUAUUUGGAUACAGUGCCAUUCGGAUUUCUCUGGACAUUUUUUUGUGGAUAACCGAACCGGAGGAAUCUUGAGUGUUAUGAGUGCAUUGUGUGCAUAUUGAAAGAUAUUUUUUUCGUGUGUUUGACAGCUAGGCGCCUAUUUGACUGCUGAGCUGUAUUAAAUUACAAUUUGUUUGUAUUGGUUAACAUAUGUGUAUGGAUGCGUGAUAAGAGAAAUCACGUACAAUACAUUAUACAACCCGUGCAACGGUAUGCAGCAAUAUUUUGUUUACAAGUUGUAUUGUAAUUUGUUUUUGUUGUAAAUAAGAAAUACGUUUGAUGUGUGCGUUCAUCAUUGAUAAUGCAUCUCUGUGAUGCAUUUAAAGAUUAAUGUGCCCGCAAUGGAAUGUACGUUCGUCCACAAUAUAAUUACAGAUUUGAGUGAAAUGAAAUUGUUUUGUGAAAUUUUCAAAUAGCCAAAUGAAGUGAGAUAUGAGCACGGAUAUUGGUGCUCAGUGGGGUCAAUUAGGUUGUGGUAAUAAUAAUAACAAUAAUGACCCACACCAAAGAUCUCCAUCCUUAACAUCAUUACCACCAUUACCCGAUCUAAUACCAAUACGCAAAGGGCCAUCGAUUAAAAAUGCCAAUGAAACGGGGAACAACCUUCAGACAACAAAUACGAUUGUCCUUCAGGAGCAUAACAGCAUUGGAUCGAAUUCCACGAAAUCGUUGUGCCAAACCGUUGAAAAAGUUCCUUGGCCUCGGGAAGACUCUCCCAUAUUCGUGAGUGAAUCGGGUUCUGGUGAAAGUAGCAAGUGCGCUGACGAUGAGCAUUUCGUUGUUGACGAUGACGAUGACGUCGUCGAUGAGCGAAACGACGAACCAGUACAAUUUAAUGAUAGUCAAAAUGAAACAACCAUUGCUGACGAGUGCGUCGACGCAAUAACGUCCAAGUCUCCUUCUCCCUUACCUUAUCACUCAUCCACAAGUGAAUUGUGUCAAAUCAAUGGUAAAGUUGGGUCACGUGACCGUAAAAUAAAUGCACAAGAGAGUGAGCGAACUGAGUUAUGUUUACCCGCCAUAAAAACACGUACUCGUCGUAUCAGAGUUCAUACCGAAUAUUUCACAUUCGAUAGGAGAGUGAAACAAACCAAAAAACGGAAGAAUAUCAAAAGGAAAGGAAUUAGUUUUCACAAUAACAAAGCACCGAGGGGAAUUUAUCGGAAACCAAAUAAUCAAAUAACUUGUAACGAGUCGAGUGAAUCGAAGUCUGUGUCGCGAAUAAAUCCAAUUUUUUUGUUUGUGAAGCAAGAAGAUACUAGAAUCGUGGAGGUACGAUGCGAAGAUUACGACAAGCGGAAUCGAAUUCGGUUAACAAAAACGGCAAACGGUUGGCGAGCAAUACCACGGACGGACAGUUCGAGUUCGAGAAUUUCUUCGCUGUUACCUAAGGUAAUUGUAACAAAACGCGAACGGGAAGAGGCUGACGAAGCGGGUCAAGGUUUACAUCGAGCAAAAUCAGAAAACAGUGACUGGAGGUUGAAUCCAUUUGCAUCCAAAACAUGGUCGUUCAAAUUAACCAAGGCCGAAAAGUCGCAAGAAUCAAAUGAUCAAAAUUCGGACAAUAGUAGCAGCCACAAGAAAAAGAAAAAAAAGAAAAAGAAACGGAAAAAAGAACGGAAAUUGGCGUUGGAUGACGCAUUGGAAACACCAAAACAAGAGUGCAUAGAUCAAAUAGCUGACAUGACGGAAACUACAUUAACCCGGACAGAAACCCCUUCUCUACCUACAACACCAUCACUACCACCUACAUCAAUCUUCGAGGCUACAGACACACCACAAAAUCAAGAAGACACUACAGCGCCGACUCUAAAUACAGCUACACCACUGAAAACUCUGAGCUUACUUGCAGUCGCACAGCUUCAAUAUACCAACCAUUCCGAUGAAUGUGGGGAAACGAGGAAAUGCGUGGAAAAGACGGCCCCGUCGUCGUUGCACUUUUCAACAACAACAGAAAGUGCACUCGUACAUGAUAAGGAAAUGCAUUUGACGAACAGUGAUGGACAUAUGAAUGGUGUGGCUGGAAAAAUCGAGAAAAUAGAGAGGUGUUCCAGCCCGAGUGACGAAGAUGCUGAAAAUAAUAUUUUGUGCCCGGAUAGUUGUAUUGCACCAGUAUUUGAGUCUUACAAUUCGAAGUCGGUGUGUACGGUUGUGCAUUGCAUUGAUAGUGAUAGUGUUCAUGAGCAUCAUUUCGAUAAUGAAGAAGUGGGUGAAUAUCAUGAUUUAAUUGAAGGUAUACCACACAUACAAGUUGCUCAUUCCGAAGACAUUCUUGAUAAUUGUGAAAAUACUAUGACCGGUGCUGAACUAUUAGACUCUCUCGUUGAACGACAUUGUGAAGAUAACCAUAUAUCUGGAGACGAGGAUGUGAAACAUGCCAUUUGUUUAUCCGAUGAUUACAAUGACGAGGACGACGUUUUAAUGGAGUCUCAACCAGUUGUUGAUAUUAUAUCAAGGUUAAGUGAUUCGUUGACGGAAUCGCCGAAAUGCUUGUCCUUUAACGAAGCGGGCGAAAUUGAAGGCCUCCACGAAUCUCUAUUUGAAAAUGCUCAAACGGAAUUGAAUCAUACCGAUGGAUUGCAUACGUUUAACCGUUCUGCACUCGAGGAACUUUCUAUGACAUUAAAAGACUUGGAGAAACGCUCCACACAGCACAACAAGCAGCAAGUGCCAUUGACAGUGGUUUCUCCAGAUUCGUGUCAGGAGGAGUUACCAAAAGACUUAAGCUUUAAGAAGAGUUGCGAUGUUGUCCAAAUACGGCCUAUAUCUCGUGAUUCAGAUGCAAUUCAAUCACCGCAGCCAUCCGGACUACCUGCAGUUCCACCCUCACCAGAUAUUCUGCUACAUCAAACAAACAAAAACCUAAAUCGACCGCUGUUCCUGGAACUUUCAUCGCCGUCACCUAAAUCGUGCGAUCAAAGAAAUUCCAACGACAAAGUGUUUAUGGAUUUGACAUCACCCAAACCGAAAUCUAGCGAAGGUCGUGUUCAACAGAAGGAACCGUUAGAUCUCGGAAAACAUCGAAAGUCAGCCAGCCCAACAGUCAGUUGUUCGGAGGAGGUGAAGCGCUAUUUGUCCUCAUCUGAUAUUGAGCCAUUAGCGAAACGCGUUAAGUCUGAACAUUCAGAUAAAUCAUCGACUUCCAGUGAUUUAUUAAUGAAUUCAAAAACUAGUCAAUUAGUUGAGCUCUUGGCGUCCGGAAAGGAUCCAGACCCUUUGACUCAAUUGAGAUUGCUCGUAAGCAAUCCAGAAUGGAAGCUACCUGAUCCAAUAUUAGUGCCAAAAGAUCGUCUAAAUGCGGUUCUGGCAUCUCCAGCUCGUGAAAUUCCGUUAUUGCUGACGACACGACCAGAACUUCGAUUACCUGAAGCCUUUGCUUUUCCAUCAAUUCUGCAAGAUCCAGACAUAUUAGUGAUUUCGUUCGCCCAACUUGAAUCGAUUUUACAGAAGCAGGACGAUUUAUUGAAGUCGACGAAACAAGCGCAGAGAUCAGACAAGAAAAUCAAUGUGGACAAGCCUCUGGGGUCGCCUCGAGCACGAGAGAAAUCUCAAGCAAAAUCUUUAAAUAACGCGAUCGUUCCCGUUGGGUCUUUGCUAGCCAACGGCCUAGCUGGCGAUAUCGACGCAGCAACAAUGGCAGCAUUCAAUCAAAUGUUAUGGCUACCUUAUUUGGGACAAAUGGGUCAACUGAACCCGGAAGUCUUCAAAGCAAUGUCCGGCCUGUCCAGUCCCACUAUGCCCGAUGCUUUGACAUAUUCAAAUCAAAAUCGUUUUUCCAAUUUCCCGGCACCAACGACACCGAUGAACUAUGGAAAUCCCUUGGAAUUUGCAAUGUGGCAAGAGGCAUUAGCUCAGGCCAAUACAGCAAAUAUGCAACGUGUAAUGAAGCUCAAUGCUGACAGGGAGGUUCAGAAAAAAUCUCAAGAAAACAAACCACAACUUUUGCAGCAAGCCCGCCAAAUUCAAAACAAUCAAACAUAUCUACAACAACAACAACAUCAACAACAACAACAACAUUUGGUAGCGCAACAACAACAACAACAGCAUCAACAGCAGCAGCAACAACAACAACAACUACAUCAGCAACAGAAUCAACAACAAAAACUCAACCAUAUGAUGAAUCCGAUGAAUCAGUUGGCCAUGUCAUCAUUCUUCCCCCCGAACAUACCAAAUUUGUCAAACAACAAUCGCUUCUUCGGCGCUGGUAUGCAUCGACCCCAGAUGCAAAUGAAUAAUGCGUCACAAUUCAGUCCGGGUUACGGUCGACAUGGCGUAGGCAAUGCUGAAUCAAUGAAUCGUUCCUCGCAAAUGUGUAUGCAACCGCCUUCCCUGUCAAAAACAAAUCAUUCUACCAAUCAUUCCAUGGCGAUGUCGCCCACAAAUUCAUUUUUCCCUCCACCAAUGUCAAAUCUGCCGGACUACAAUCACAAUUCGCGAUCAAAGAUGCGAAAAGAAAGUCAACAACAGCAUCACAACCAAAAUAUCGGCGACACGAAACCUAGAGUCACUUGCAAGUCUCUGACGAAUUUGCUACAACCCGAUUUGGUGCACGAUCAGUUCAAACAUACCAACGAUGGUGGCUUGAAAAUGUCCAAUUUAAUGGCCAUGCCAUCGUUUGACCUAACAUCUCCGCCUGUUUCGACGACAUGUACCACACCAACCACACCGAAACUUAAAGUGAAGCCCGGAUUGCACUUGCUGGAUCCAUUAGCAAUGCAAAGAAGACUACUGAACGGUGAUGAUGGUUCAGAAGUGGGAAGCACCACCAAUGGAAUUGAGGAGAUGAUGAUGCCAAAUACAAGCCUAUACCAUCCAUUGCUUAACACCCAAAAGAGCUACACCAACAGUCCGUGGCAAUGGACAACCGUAACCGCAACGGGCGAAUGACAUCCGGAGGCUCGAAAAGAGCCGCCGUCAAGUGGAACAUAUCUUCCGAACAAUAUGCAUCCAUCAAUGAAUGGUAAACCAUCUGGAAAUCAGCCAGGAAAUUGCGUACCACCGAGACCUCCCUUCGGGUAUAAUUAUAGAAAUUACUAAUCAGAUUUAACGAAAUUAAUUAGUUAAAUGAAUGGGUACAGAGAGAGAGAGCGAGAGCGAUUAAGGAAUGAAAUACCGAAAUAAUUAUGCCACAUUGUUCGAUGUAAUAACAAUUUAUUAAACAAAACAGAAAAAGUACACCGAAGAUGAAUGGAUUAAAUUUCCAGGUAGAAGAGAGACAGAGAGAGAAGAGACGCGAAUUUAUUUCUUAGAUAAAAAGUUGUUCAUUUUAAAUUCCACUUGAGUUGAUAUAUCAAAUAUGUUCGGUGAAUAAAAUAAUAAUAUUGAGAAGCAAUGCAGUGUACCAAAAAUAUUCGUUUAUUAAAACACAAAAAAAGAGAAAAAAUAGCGAAUUGAAUGUGGUGGGGUUUAUUUUCAUAAAAAAAUGUUUUUGUUUUAGGUAGAGAAAAUUGUUACGAACAGAAAAAUUCUAUGUCUUCAAAAAAUAUUUGCGUUAUGUGUAGCAAAAAUAACAUGAAUGUGAACAGAAUAGCGGAAAAUUAAACAAAAAAAAAAGAAAAACCAAAACCCUGAACAUAAGAAACUAUUUCCAUAUUUUAUAAGAAGCAGGGGGAUAAUAUCAAUGCCUUCUCCUCGUAUAAGUAAAAUAACUACUCAUGUGUGUAUGUGUAUAAAUGCUAAUACAAUCCAAC